ACUUCAUGAGCUCUUGGUCGGGCCUGAGGCUGUUAGGGAUGGUGGGAGUUGUAGUCCAAAACACCCGGAGGGAGGGCCCAAGUUGUCCCAUGCCAGGUGUCAAGCAACCUCCUGGGCUGAGCUGGGAUCCACCCAGUUCUUAAAGGCGCAGCACCUUCCUCUUUCCUUUGCAAAGGCCACACCGGGGACGUGGCUCCAGUCCCGGCUUUGCUACUCACUCUCUGCCUCUCCUCCUCCUCCUCCUCCUUCCUCCUCCUUGGCUCAGCCUUCGGUCUCCUGCCCAAGUUGCCUGGGGCGCGUUGUAGGAAGAGGAGGAGGAGGAAGAGGGAAGUUCUCUUCCUCCGAAUCGAGAGCGAGUCCAAGAGCCUCGGAGUUGCUGCCGCUCCGGACCUGCGACGCCUUUCCCCUGAGCAAUGGGAGGCUCACCUGGACGCACAGUAUGUUGCUUCCUUGCAUCUCAAAAACUGAACUGAGUGGGGAAUAAUUGUCCGCGGAGCAACACCCCGACUUUGAAUCCUUCCUUCUCUUACCCAUGGCAACAAAGGGCACAAGGAUCCUGAAUCGCGCCAUUCAGCGUAGAGGGACCAUGUGCUAAUACGCCUUUGAAGAAGGACAGAGACAGUACUGACGCCUGACAAACCACGUGCCAUGGAUCAAGACGUCGGCAUCGAUGCCUUGCUGGACCUCAGCUUCCUGACCGAGGAGGAGCAGAACGCCAUCGCAGAGGUUCUGCGGAGGGACUCGCAGCUCCGGAUGUUGGAAGAGGGACGGAUCAGCAAACUGCGUGAGUCUGUCUCGGAUCCCAACUGGCUGAAGAUCUUGUCCGGGGACUGGUUCUGCGAUGUCCGUGCCAAGCGGCACCAUCACAAAUUCUUCGGUGCGGAUAUUGUCCGGGCUUCAAUCCGCCGGAAAAAGAAGCCCAAAGCAGAUGAAUGGGAACCAAAACAACGGGCCAGCCUGGGAGACUUGGAGGUGAUCAGUGAACCCGUACCUGAGGAGGAGGAGGAGGACUUACCAGAUGCUAGGGAUGGGCUCCGCAAUGAGACUUCUGCUCCGCAGCCCGCUUGGCCAGAAGAGACUCAAGCUCUGCAGGAAGCAGCCCAGUCUCAGGAAGAGGUGGUUGAGACCAAGCCAGAAGAAAGCGAUUCGUUCAGUAGCCUGAGUUCGGAGGAGGAGAAUCCGCCCAUGGAGAACAUACCAGCCAUCAUAGUCACGGCGCAGAGUAAUGGAAGUCUUGGGAAUGGCCAGGACAGAGCGCCAAAUUCAUCGUCUCCCAAGAACCGGGCCGCAACCCGCCAGAACAAAUUGCAGAGCACCAGCUCCUCCUUUUCUAGCCUGAGCUCAUCCACGAUGAGUGGCAGCACCGUGAGCGUUUUCAGCGACAGUGACAUUGGGAACGUGGAAGUCCGAGGCUGCAUCCAGUUCUCUCUGCAGUACGACUCCAUCAAGAGGGAGCUGCAUGUUCAAGUGAUCCAGUGCCGGGAUCUUGCCGAGGCCAAGAAGCAGCGGUCAGACCCCUACGUCAAAACCUACCUCCUUCCGGACAAAUCCAACCACAGCAAGAGGAAAACAGUGGUCAAGAAGAGAACCCUCGACCCCAUCUUUAAUGAGACCCUUAAGUACAAGAUCGAGAAGGCGGAAUUGCAGAGCCGGGUCCUGAACGUGUCCGUCUGGCAUCACGACGCCUUGGGCCGAAACCUCUUUAUGGGAGAGGUCGAGCUUGCCUUGAAUGCCUGGGACUGGACCACCACAGGCCCACAGUGGUUUAACCUCCAGCCCAGGACUCCGCUCAGCCCCGAUGCUGCACCCAACUGUGGAAAGAUCAGUCUCGCCAUCAAGUUCAUCCCAGCUGGAUCAGAAGAGCCAGGGCUUCCUCCCACUGGGGAGCUCCAUAUCUGGGUGAAGGAAGUGCAGAACGUUACUCCCCGGAGAGGCAACACGGCAGACUCCUUUGUUCAGUGCUACAUCCUCCCCGAUGACAGCAAGGCCGGCCGGCAGAAGACCCGCAUUGUGAAGAAGAGCCUCAGCCCCACCUUCAACCACACCAUGGUUUACGAUGGCUUCCAGGCCAAGGACUUGGCGGAGGCGUGCGCGGAAUUUACCGUAUGGGAUCGUGAGAAAUUCUCCAAGCAGCAGCUGGGCGGCAUCCGCCUGAGUCUUGGCACAGGGAACAGCUAUGGCCUCCCAGUGCCUUGGAUGGAUUCGACGGAGGAGGAGCGCCAUGUCUGGGAGAUGGUCUUCAAGAAGCCGCGAGAGUGGGUCGAAGGCAAACUUCCCUUGAGGACCAACUUGACCCCUCGGACUUAAUCCCACCGCACGUCGGGUGUUUGGGCUUCGUGGGCAAAGAGUGGACCUACUUCCACAGAGGGGACCUGAGAGAUGUCAUUUCUGGAGGGUCUACCAUAGCUUGGGACAACAAACUUGGUCUUGGAAGUCACGCUGCAUUGAAAAGAUUGAGAACUUGCCUGAACUCCUUGCUUUCACAAAUGUGAGGGAGAAAGACAACUUGGCGAGAGAGGACAACGUUGUACUGAUGCAACAAGGCGCUAUUACAACAUUAGUCACUAUUUUUAUGGUUGUCUUCACCGUCCCGGUUUGCUGUGCACACUAUGAACACUGACAAAAAUACCUCCUUGCAUUUUUAUUUUAAUUUACUGAUAUCUCCCACCUUGUCUGGUGCACAGAGAAGCCCAAGGAGUCCAUUGUUUAGAUCAUCUCCACUUUCUGUUCAAUAGGAAUGGUGGUUUCCAUCCUCCUUUAGAGAUGCUUAGCCAUGUUGUGUUUCCUUCUUGCAGAGAUUGAAGGCACUCUCCAGCUUUAGUGAACUUGCAUAGGGUCAUUUAGAAUGGUUUUGUUUCUCUUCUUUUGAGGUGAGAUGUUUGCAAUUUCUACUUUCUUUCAUCUCUGAAUCCAACAGGCAGGAUGUGCUUGCACAUGGCAACUUUUGCCAGAGGGACAUCCACAGAAAUGGUGAUGUUUUCUCUUAUUUUUCUGGAGGAGAGAGGGGACAUUUCCCCCCUCCUCCAAAUGUCUGGAUGGGCAACAUCCUUUCUUCUUCAUUGCUGAGCAAGUAAGUGCCUCUUGUAAAUAGUCUGUGGUUUAUUUGGGGUCUCCUCAGUCAGCUUCGUGUUGCAAUGGCUGGCCAAGGGCUUGCCGAUGGUUCGCGAGAGCUCUCCAGAUGCGGCACACCAUUCCUCCUCUGUCAAGAAAGAACGAGAAUCUAAUCAGGCUCGGAUCAUGGUGGUUGCCUUAAGCAUGCACUCACUCGGAUACCUCCAAGAAACUGGACCAUUCUGCAAAGAUGCGCAAGAUUGGAAGCCAUUUAGCUGCUUUGGACUCUUGACUGAAGGGUCAAGUGUUCUCCAUCUUUGGUCCUCCAAGUGUUUUGGACUCCAGACUCCCACAAAUCCCAGCAAUCCUACCUUCUGUUAGGAAUUCUGGGAGCUGAAGUCCAAAACAUCUGGAAGACCAAAGCUUGAGAGAACCUCUCCUCUCAUCCAUUUGAUUCUCUUGACCUGGAAAGUGUGGCAUCUUGAAGAGCUUCCAUGCUGAUGUUUGUAAUAGGUAGCCGUUGAUUUCUCCCUACCUCCAGGCCUUCUAAGUCGACUGCAGAUAGAUACUACAAAAACAAUAAAAAUGGUAGUUCCUUUGCCUAUAA